GGCAUGAUGGGUGGUCUCAUCAUCUGCACGCAGGUCGAGGUGGUGUGCGCGUGUACGUUUCGAAGUACGCUGCCACAGACAUUCGACAGCAAGCGCGGAAACAUUCGCUCGGGACAUUUGUGAAACGGAGGUCAUCGAAGAUGGACAACCCUUUCUGGACUUCUCUGGCGAGCCGAAACGAGUCGAGUUUUGCAUCGGUCGGCUCGUUCCUUCACGCGCCGUUUUCGUGGGAUUUCGACCGGAACGUGCAGAUCGGUGCUUUUGUUGAAUCGGCAUUCUUCCCCGACGACACGCCUCGUUCCGCCACCUAUUGGCUCGCCGAAAUCGUUUCGAGAAAAAGCUACUACGUCCGACUGCGCUGGCUCGGAGGGACCGACCCAAACCAGGAUUUCUGGCGGAACUUCGGCGCUUUUAAGGAGCCCUUCGCCAACCAGAAGGAUAUCAGAAUCCACCCGGUUGGCUGGGCGAAGCAGAAUCGGAAGCCAUUCGGACCGCCGGACGCGCUCCACAUCGUCGACAAGCGCUCUUACAUGAGAACCCACCUCGGAGGAAAACAGGUUCUGGCCGAAGACUUCCAUGGAGUUUCCGAAAGCGAGAACACAUGCCUUUUCACGCCAGGUGUCGAAGUUGAAGUCACGGACCUCGCACGAGUUUCGGCGGUGAAAACCGCGGUCGUGGUGGGAGACAUCGGCCGUCGGGUGCAAUUCCGAUACACCGACGGAUCGGGCUUCGCAUACUUUCACGAAUUCAGCGACAUGUUCUAUGCAUGUGGCUGGGCUCGUCUCCACGGCCGCGAAAUAAGCGCCAGUCCAGAGGACUAUUACCGACGAUCCCUGAAAGAAAUUCUCGGAUACAAUGCGCCUUCUGAUCGGGCAUCUAUUUUCAAUUUCAAACCUCUCCUGGUGCCUGACUCGCUCGCGAACGAGUUGAAGCUUGUGAAGGUCGAAACGCUGAUCGGAGCGAAGCUCGAGAUCGUGGACCUCCUGCGCCCCCACUGCAUAUCUGUGGGCAGAGUGAAGCGGAUUCUCCGCAAUUUUUACUUGAUGAUUGAAAUCGACGGGAAUUCCGCCUCAGACGGCAGCGACGAUUUGUGCGUCCACAUCUCGUCGCCACUCCUACUCCCAGCGGGCUUCGCGUCGGAGAACGGUCUCGAGCGCUUUUUCGACCCGCCAUAUCCAGGCUUCGAUUGGAGCAAGGAAACGAACGUUGUCCCGAAGAAGCUCCUCGAACGCGUCCUGCCGCCGCACAACUUCAGAGAGGGACAGUUCCUCGAAGCCGUCGGAAUCACCGGCAGCAACAAAAUGUAUGUUGCUCGGGUGGAAAGGGUUGUCAAACCCCUGCUCCGCAUUCAUUAUGAGGGCUUUCCUCAUGAAGACGAUAUUUUUAUGCCUAUCUCGAGCACUGAUAUCUAUCCUGCCGGGUGGUGCGAAAUGGUGGGGCACGAGCUCAUAACGCCCUUGAGCCGGAGGCGAGCCCGUCCAGGACGGCGCUAGCUCGCCCGAUCCUCCGUAGAGACCAGCGCCUCAAAACCAGGACUCGUCAGGAAGCAUCUUAUUGCUCUAGAGCUUUUAUCCCUGAAACAAAUCGGACUCUCUCGCUUCUCUGGUAUUCAUCCAUUGUGUUGUUUAAGAAAGCUGAGAGUAAUGAUUCAAAGAACAUACGAAACAACUUGU